AUGACGAACGACAUCGACGACUUGGAGCCGAAAUUACUGAGAGAACCACGAACGAAAUUCAUCAAGCAGAACAGAAGAGAUUCCUCGUUUGAAGUCAAAGACUUAGGCUAUUUGAAGUAUUUUUUGGGUAUUGAAGUAGCUCAGUCCAAGGAUGGUAUCUUCAUAUGCCAAAGGAAGUAUAUACUUGACUUGCUAAAGGAAAUUGGAAUACUUAGAGGUAGACCAUGUGAUACACCUCUAGAAUUGGGCCAGAAACUGAGUGAAGAUCAAGAGGGAGAUCUAGUGGACAGGGAGAGAUACCAGAGACUAGUGGGCAAGCUCAUAUACUCAUCUCACUCACGUCCAGACAUUGUUAUUGUCAUGAGCAUGGUGAGCCAGUUGAUGCAUGCUCCUAAAACUUCCCACUUAGAGGCAGUUAUGAGAAUCUUGAGAUACCUGAAGUCUUCUCCUGAAAAGGGUCUCUAUUUCUCAAAACAUGACCAUCUCAGUGUGGAGGCAUUUACUAAUGCAAAUUGGGUUGGAUUAGUCACUGAUAGACGAUUAACUUCCGGAUAUUGCACAUUUGUUGGUGGCAACCUAGUCACAUGGAGAAAUAAGAAACAAAAUGUGGUUGCUAAAUCUAGUGCUGAGACAGAAUUCAGAGUUAUGGUUCAGCAUGUAUGUGAGUUACUAUGGAUUAAACUAUUGUUGGGAGACUUGGGAAUCCAUUAG